CCGGCUCAGUUCUUUGAUAGCAGACGAAUCGCAAGGACGAAAAGCGGACGGGAAUCGAUUCGUUCAUACAACGUUACAAAAAAUAAAGUCUCGUAGCAACAAGUGUAUUCAAGAGAGGACGAUAAUGUGGCAGGGCAAAGUAUUUGUAUCAGUUUUGUGCUGUGGCAUGGUGCUUGUUGCCAUGGCUGAUUUAGGAAAUGAAACUCAGCAGCAGCAGCCGCCGGCUCUGGCUCAUGUGAAUAAGUGCGGCAGCACUCAAAAGAUGGUUGACGAAUGCUUCAAGGAUUUACCGCCACAUCUAAUGGAGUUUUUGCAGAAUACCAAAAUUGUCAUCAGCAAACAAGAGAUCAUUGCCAAAUGCAAGGUUUUCAACCGUGGCAUGAAAUGUUUUGAUGCCUAUUCAGCUCGUUGUCUACAGAAUCGAAAGUUGAACUUGUUUAAAAAUAAUGUCGAUGGCGCUCGUAAGUUUUUCAAAAAGUUUUGUGCCGACGAGGACUUUCAGCGAGAUUAUCUGCGGCACAAGGAUUGCUUUACGCAUAUACAGGUGGAUUGGAUAAGCUGCACCACGGACUUUGAGAACAUUCUGACAGAUGAUUUGCACGACGGCACACGUAAUGUUAGUGAUAAAUUCAUGGAAUUUUGUUGUGCACGUUACGCAUACGAGAAUUGCAUCUACAAUAGCGCACGGUACAAAUGCUACAAGCACUCGGCGGAGUUUGCACGCGAAACCGCUAAAAUGUUGUCGGAUGAGAAGCACUUCAGCAACUGCCGCCAUCUGGAGGACAUUUGUGCUCAUUCAGUGCGCAUCGCCUGGAUCAGGAGCAGUAUUUUGCCUCUGGCCAUGGUUCUGGGGUUGCGUUACCUGCGACAUACCAUCAGACCGUAAAUUAGCUUCGGUCUGUGGCUGGUUGUGGUGUUAGUUGUCCAAUUGUAAAUGCAUAGCAUUGAGCUUUUCGUGGAUGGGCCUGUGAUUCUCUUGGGCGGGUAUUGGGUCGGACAGCGACACUUGCUAGUUUUUAAGGUGAAUAUUAUCUAUAUAUGUGU